AUGGGUGGCUAUGUCCUUCUCAGGAAAGACAGGCCAGCAAGGCAAGGCGGUGGAGUUGCUCUUUAUGUGAGAGAGCAACUAGAACGUAUUGAGUACUGUCCAGGGGUUGAUGAGGAUGCGGAGCAGGUUGAGAGUAUGCAGGGUUCUGACCGGCGCCGGCAAUGGUGGAGAUGGUGGCAGCAAGUGGUAUCACUGAAGUCAGGUGCUGAGAGGCAGGCAGGCAGGCGCGGGAGCCCCCUGUGCAGGCCAUGUUGCUCCCAGCAGCAAGCAUCACCAUGGCAGGGCAGUCCCAUCCUGCCCCAUGUCACCCAGCCAGGAAAGACCCAGCCUUUGUUGCAGCGUAACCUGUGCCCCUCUCUUCACACCAACUCUGCCACUGGUACCACGAGGCCUGCGGGGAAACCCGGCAGGCUUCCCGGACAGGACCAGCGCCCGCAGGUUCUGGUGGCACGUGGGACCCCCAGGAUGUUCGGUCAGCGUUCAAGGCUAGGCAGUGGAGUUCAGGACCUGCCUCCUGAGAUCCUCAGCUGCACAAAGCCACCGGUGAAAGGGAUGGUCUUUCAGGAGGGCCUUGUUCAAACAGAGGAGAGAAAACGCUGGUGGGAAUACAAGACCAAGAGGCCUAUUUGGCCUAUGCGCCCCCCAGCACUUCCCAGAGGGCACAAGAAAGCAGGAGCAGCAGCAAGACCAUCACGAGGACCAGCUUUGAGCCUGGAGAAAAAAGCAGACAGCCAAACUGAAACCUGCCAGCCCUUCAACUCUGGCUUCAGCGGCAGCAGAAGCACAGAGCAAUCGGACAGGCUCGCUAUGGAAAGGCUGUACCGGCAGCUCCUGGUGUCCCUAAAACGGCCCAAGACCAAGAACGAUUGCUAACAAGUCAGGCUGUGGAACUGAAGAACAUCCUCCCUGUAACCUCUUCCUGCACACAGCCACCAGUGAAAGGGACGAUCGUGAAGGAGAACAUCCUUCAAACAGAGGAGGGGAAGUGCUGGUGGAAGAGCAUACCAACAGAGAACUGGAUCUCAGCCCUAAGAUCAUUGUUUGCAUCACACUAUUUCAGUUGGAGGUCUUUUGCAGUUUUAAAAAGAUAGUUUAAUAAAUGUCUCGCUAGUCUUCA